CGAGGAUCCACUUCGUAUCAUAGCUGUCUGAAAUCAUCGUUAUGCAGCCACUAGAAGUGGGUACUCGCGUUCUCUGCCGCUGGAGGGACGGAAAACAUCAUCCCGUCAAGGUAAUCGAGCGUCGUAGACUUCACACCGGCGGGCCUAAUGACUACGAGUACUACGUUCAUUACACAGAGUUCAAUAGGAGGCUUGAUGAAUGGGUUAGACUUGAACAGCUUGACCUUGACUCAGUAGAAAACGAUGUAGAUGAAAAGGUGGAAGACAAGGUAACAGGUUUGAAAAUGACACGCCACCAGAAACGUAAGAUUGAUGAGACUCAUGUUGAGGGGCAUGAAGAGCUUGAUGCUGCCAGCUUACGUGAACAUGAGGAGUUCACCAAAGUCAAAAACAUUGCAACUAUAGAACUUGGAAGAUAUGAGAUUGAGACAUGGUACUUCUCCCCCUUUCCACCAGAAUACAAUGACUCCCUCAAUCUCUACUUUUGUGAGUUUUGUCUCACUUUCAUGAAGCGCAAAGAACAGCUUCAGAGACAUAUGAAAAAAUGUGAUCUUAAACACCCCCCUGGUGAUGAGAUAUAUCGGAGUGGUACUCUAUCAAUGUUUGAGGUUGAUGGGAAAAAGAACAAAGUCUAUGGCCAGAAUCUAUGCUAUCUUGCAAAAUUAUUUCUUGAUCACAAGACCCUCUACUAUGAUGUUGACUUGUUUUUGUUUUACGUGCUGUGUGAGUGUGAUGAUCGGGGAUGCCACAUGGUCGGAUAUUUCUCCAAGGAAAAGCAUUCAGAGGAGUCAUACAAUCUAGCAUGUAUUCUAACUCUUCCUCCUUAUCAGAGGAAAGGCUAUGGAAAAUUCCUAAUUGCAUUUUCAUAUGAGCUUUCAAAGAAAGAAGGUAAAGUUGGGACACCUGAAAGACCUCUUUCUGACCUGGGAUUGCUUAGCUACAGGGGAUAUUGGACCAGGGUUCUUUUAGACAUUUUGAAAAAGCACAAAGGCAACAUAUCCAUCAAGGAGCUUAGUGACAUGACAGCGAUCAGGGCGGAAGACAUAUUGGCAACUCUGCAGGCGUUGGAACUGAUACAGUACAGGAAAGGGCAGCAUGUGAUCUGUGCAGAUCCAAAGGUGUUGGAUCGCCAUCUAAAAGCAGCUGGGCGUGGUGGUCUUGAGGUUGAUGUUAGCAAAUUGAUUUGGACACCUUAUAAAGAACAAGGUUGACUUCAUUUCCAAUCACCCUUCGUUUCUAGGACAUGACAUUACAGAUACUUAAUUGACCUCAUCCAGUAUAUGUAAAAUUGAUGCUUCUUGUUCUUCAAUUCUGGAAAAUCCUUGAUAUUCUCUUCAAUGAAGCUACCAGGG